UUUGGCUCCUACAGUCUAGCUAUAACUCCUUACUUUCUAAAAUUUUAUUUGAAGGCGAGAUUACCCAAAAAGGCUUUGAUAACAACGUAAAAAAGCUCCUGGCAGCAGAAAAAUCAGAUGACACUCCUUCAACAAGUGGCAAUGAAUUUCUCAGUGCAGCAGAGGCCUUUGGUAAAGCCAAGAAACUACUACAGCCUCAAGUAAAGAAAAGGCAAUUUCCAUUGAAUGAUAAACGUUUGGACCAUGGCAAAUCAUUAUUGAAGGUCAGAAUGGCUCCCAUGGAGUGGAAACCAAGAACUCCGAGAAGGUGUGGACGGUACCAGAAGUUAAUAAUGGACGAAGCUCCACCUCGAAUCAUCCUGCAAGGCCAUGAAACCUAUGAUGAUUUAAUUACCAUAGCCAAAGAACGCUUCUGGCCAGAGCGUACUGAGGGGAGUGAGUUCACUCUUUGUCAUUCUGACGGGACCAGGUGGAGUAAGGAGGAUUUCCACAAAGAAUACAGAACUGUUUCUGAUAUUACACAUCUGUGGAAAAGAACACUAUACAUCGGGCGAAGACAACUGGAGGUCGUGUGUUUGGAUGAUCAAAGUUCCAUCUCAGAUGAACUUCCUGAAACCCUCAUAGGACAAAAUGUUGCAGAACAGGAUUUCCAUCCAGAAACAUCCAGCUCAGGUGAAUUUGAAACAGGGAGAGUCAGAAAGAAAAGCCAGUCCAAGCAAAGGAAGGAGGAAAAUGUAGGGUCAUCUCUAGGUCCAGGUGGAGCAGUGAGCCAAGACAUGUUACCACAUGCAGUUAUUGAGGCAAAAGAAGCUAUGGAGGGAGCUGAAGAGCUAUCUGAAGGUGCUGGAAAUAGUGAGCUUUUGAUAGAUUUUGCAGAGUCCUUCAACACAACUCCAAAGUCGCCAUCAUUGUAUCUUCCACGUGUUCCAUAUGUGGAAGAGGCUUUAAUUACAUACAGCGAGGACAAUCUACUGGGAGAAGGGACAUUUGGCAAGGUAUAUAGAGGUUCUUUUCAUGGUACUCCAGCAGCUGUUAAAAGGAUCGUGUGUGGCCAACAAGGGAUGGAGGACAGCGACAUUCAUCAUGAGAUAAAUGUUUCACUGAGACUGUCUCACCCCAACAUCGUCAGACUAAUGGCAGUUGCCCGCACUGAGUCCUGCUUUUUGUUGGCAGCUGAAUACAUUCAUGGCGCAACCCUGCAGCAAGUGCUUCACACAGACAGCUGCUUGGUGAAGCUUGAAGGGGAUGAUGCCGGUUUCAUAUCACUGGACUUAUCCAUGGCAGUAGAGUACAUCCAUGCACAGAGAAUCAUUCACCAGGAUAUAAAGCCAGCAAAUGUCAUGGUUCACCACCCUUCUAAGAAGGCAGUCCUGACAGACUGGGGCAUGGCAAACAUAAGAGACACUGUGAUGCUUCGUCAAGGGAGUAAGUUCACUGCCCAGGUUAUUGGUCCAGCUGGUGGCACAUAUCUUUACAUGGCUCCUGAAUGCAUACUGAUGUUUGAAGAGGCCUCGUUCCAGACAGACAUGUGGUCCCUCGGAGCCACAUAUCUGGAGAUCCUGACGGGGUCCGCUCCGUGGACUGUUAAAAAACAAAGAGAACUGGCUGCACUAAUGGCCACCAAAACCCCACCACAUGCCCUAUCACAUCUCAGUGACAAACACAGUUUUCUUGGUGGUUUGGUGAGCUAUGACCCAGACUCAAGGCCUUCCGCAUCUGAUGUUGUUAAGUUUCUCAAGUCAGGCCUUGAUCUUACAAGCCGAUAUGGCUACAAGUGGUAAUGUUGCUACAGUCUGCAGUUCAAAAGUCUUUCAAUGUUAAUUAUGUUAUACAUUAGGGUUAACAAAAGUUGUGUUAAAUGAAACACUGAAUCAUUAUGAAAGAUGGCACCUUGUCAAUUGUUUUUCAACAUUUUAUUGUACAUUUUGUUGGUCAGACAGUUUUCAAAUUACCUGUUGAUUGUAAACAAGGAUAAAUAAAUGUUAACAAACAA